CAGCUGCUAUAGUUAGGUGUUGAGUCCUCAUCUCGACGCCAGCGGUGUAUAAGCACUUCAUUCCUACACCACAUUCUUUACUCCUACCAACAACAUGCAUCAACUCCAGGGCGGAAAACCCGAUCUGAUCAAACAGCUGCACAAGGAUCUCGCACGAAAAUGGCGGGUACAUGGGUCACGGGUAACGCAAAUUUGGCGUUCGCUGAAGCAAGUGCAGCGUGAGAAGGCAAUCCGAGCCGGCGCUGCACGGCGAGAGGUUCUAAAAGACCCAACCGACACGUCACUGGGGAGCAUUUACAAACUCAUACCCGAGUGGAACAUCCGCGAUCUCACGAAGCUUGGGUCGGAUUACCUUCUUGAUAUUUUGAGGCACCGUGCCACCACCUCCCUAUGCGAGCAGUACGCCGAAGGUGCAAAUGGGGAGCCGGGUGACGCCCCGUUUAUUUUCAAUAGUAUGGAGGUUAAUAACCUCCGUCAUGUGAAUGAGUUCAAACAUUGCUUUACUCUGUUUAUGGACGAGGAUACAUUCGGAAAAUCUUAUAGCGCGAAAGAUGCCGCGGCUUACCGUAAGACAUUGUCUGAUUUAUCGUUCGCUGUGGAAAAAGGAGUUCUUGUCCCGCAGUCAACCGGAGAGUUAAUAUUGGAGAGAUUGAUGUAUCUUUUGCAGGGGCUCAAUAUUGUGAUUGAGGAUAUUCUCGAGGCUGGCGCGUCCGAGUCGCAAAAGGCAAAACCAGCUGCGAAAAAGUCCGAGGAAGCCACACGUGCUGCACUUUCAAAUCUUUCACUUGGUCCAAAACAAGAGAAGCCUUCUUUGCUAAGCACAAUUAAUAGUGCGCUAGAUCAAAAGAUCUGUCUUGAGGAAUAUCUGCAGUUGUGCCGCACAUCGCCAAGUUUUCUUGCGAGUGCUGUCAACUAUUGGUUUUAUAGUAGGCCAGAGAUGAUUCCAGACGAAAAGGGCCGGGUUAUCCCAACGACCACAGAUAAAUACAUCAGUAUAUCAGUAUUCGAAGCUAUUCAUAAUGCUAUCACUGUUGCUGCGACUUGGGACUUCAUCUAUCAGCUGCUCCAGAUUGUCGAGAAGAAUCCCCAGAAUCAGCUCUACAAAACCAUCCUUCUGCAAGAGCUGUCAAACGUCUGCAACUUUGAAUUCGAGCGCGUUCUGAAGCAAUUCAAGCGUUAUGUACAAAUACACUAUGGCCAAAAGCAUUUCAAACGCAUCUCAGGCGUAUACGACAACGGGGUUGCACGGGUGAAUCUGAAGACCAAGCCCGAAAGCAUUAUGAUGCAAAACCCACAGCUUCAUCACAAACUCCGUCUCUGCCAGCCGAAGACUGAUGUGACUGCGGCUGUAACCUGGAUUCAGAAGCUAGACGACCUGCAUCGAUCUCAUCCGGAUACGGAAAUUGAAAUGCUAGGUUCGGAAUCUGAAGCCUUUGGCGAUAUAGCCGUGACUGCAGUAUUCAUUCAAUCAUUAUCAAGAGCUGUUUCCUUGCCUCCUGCAUCUGCUAAGAGAGGGCAGAUGUAUAUUUCAAGGUUAAAAGCCCUGAUGGCUGAACUUGAUCUACUAAAGACGGAGGUCGACCUCGCCGAUUUUGCGGCUCCAAUCGAUGGUCUCACGGAGCCGGGCAUGGCUGAAGAGGCAUUGAAAACUCUAGACAAAUUUACUCGCGAAAAGACGGGCACUCAAAUCGGAUUCCUCUAUGAGGAUCUGAAUGACCGCUGUUUAGCCGAUCUCGAAACAUAUUACAAGUCGAUCAAGGAAUCAUCCGGACAGCAGCCGAAAGUCGAAACAUCCUGGCCACCACUAGACGGUGAAGCUGUACCUAAAAGCUUACUGGUCCAACAACGAAAGGAAAAGAGCAAAACGCGCCCACCACAUUCAUCCGUGUACAACAUCAACCCGGACACCACAGGCUCAGACACCGAGACCGAAAACGAGGUCCCCCCACCACCAGUCUUCAAAGUCAAGCAACAGACGGCCGAGGUUUUCUCUACGUUAUUUUCCAAGGCGGAUUUGCGAGGCUCAGUCAACUGGGAUGCGUUUACAGGCGCGAUGGCAGAUUUGAAAUUCUCCGUUAUGCCUAGAUACGGUUCUGUUUUCGCAUUUUAUCCCUCGGAGGAUAUGAAUGUGCAGCAGUCAUUCACGGUUCAUAGACCCCAUCAGUCCCGAAUUGAGGGACAUAUACUGCUUAGGUUUGCGGGGAGGCUGAAGCGGCUUUAUGGGUGGGAUGAGAAGUCGUUUCAAGUAGUGUGAUAGGUCAGAAGCAAAGAUGAUGUGAUACAUGCAUCCUAGUUGAUUAAAUCCGGUCUUAGGAUUCUAUUAUAGCUAGUGAACCAGAAUUUUUUACGCGGAGUUUUUUGAGUAGCUGUUUCACAACAUCCGUGUUGUGUAACCAUGGAAUCAUAGUUAUAAUUAAUAAAAAAUCUUGAACUUGUUUUUCAUAUAUGCACGGCAUAUUGCCAUAGUUUACUUUAUUAUUCU